AUACAAAUGCAGAUUUCUCUUGAAUUCUGCACUUUUAUGAAUUGGGAGUUGUAGUUAACCCUUAAAGCAUUGUCCAUUUAAAGGACCACUCUAGGCACCCAGACCACUUCAGCUUAAUGAAGUGGUCUGGGUGCUAGGUCCAGCUAGGGUUAACCCUUUUUUUAAUAAACAUAGCAGUUUCAGAGAAGAAAUUGUAUUAAUGCACCCACAGAAUAUGUGCAGGCAGAAGUACCCACACUUAUAAGAGAGGAAUCACUCUCAUGUAAAGGAAAGAUCACAGAGACUGGCAUUUGUAAGACCACAACACAUGCACAGACCGAUUAUACAGCUAAGAAAGGGAACAUUGAUACAAAAGCAGUACUUUGUUAUCUCUUGGUAAUGAAAUGCAGUCAGUGUGGUGAAGACUUUGACAAAGGACCAACUUUCCUAGCUCAUCAACUGACGCACAACCCUCUGCAAACAUACAGCUGUUCUGAGUGUCAGAAAUACUUUACAAGCUAUUUAGAUCUUGUUAAACAUCAGAGGCGUCACAGAGGACAGAAAGAGCUCUGCCCAGAAUGUGGAAAACACUUUUCUUCUAAAUCAAAUCUUGCAGCACACUACAAAAUUCACACUGGGGAGAAGCCAUUCUCUUGCUCCAUAUGUGGAAAAGGUUUUAUUAACCAGGCACAUCUUAUUAGGCAUGAGAGAUGUCACACAGGAGAAAAAACAUUUUCAUGUCCUCUAUGUGGGAAUGUUUUUACUAAUCGGCACAUCUUAUUAGACAUGAAAGGAGUCACACAGGAGAAAAACCAUUUCCAUGUUCUGUAUGUGGGAAAUGUUUUAUUGAUAAGUCAAGUCUUGUAACACAUCAAAGGGUUCACACAGGAGAAAAACUAUAUACAUGCUCAGAAUGUGGGCAAUUUUUUACCAAUAGGGCAAGUUUUAUUUCACAUCAGAGGAACCACACAGGAGAGAAACCAUUCUUUUGUUUCGCAUGUGGAAAGUGUUUUACAAAUCAACCAGAUCUUAAUAAACAUCAUAGAGUACAUACUAGAGAGAAACCAUUCUCCUGCUCUCAGUGUGGGAAAUAUUUUACCCAAAGCUCCCAUCUUGUUCGACAACAAAGGAGUGACACAGGGUAGAAACCAUUCUUAUGUUCUGUGUGUGAGAAACGGUUUAGUUUAAAUGAAAAUCUCAUUUCACACCAGAGGAUUCACACAGGAGUGCAGCCGUUUUCUUGUUCCAUAUGUGGGAAAAGUUUCUCCAGUAAUUCUAAUUUUCUUACACACGAAAGAAGUCACACAGGGGAGAAGCCAUUUCCUUGUUCUGUGUGUGGAAAAUGUUUCACUAAUCAGUCAGAUCUUAAACAUGAAUGGAUUCACACAAGAGAGAAGCCUUUCUCAUGCACUGAAUGUGGAAAAUAUUUUACCCAAAGCUCUCAUCUUGUUCGACAUCAAAUGAGACACAAAGGUGAAAAAACGUUUUCCUGUUCUGACUGUGGAAAAAGCUUUACAAUUAAAUCUAAUUUUCUUCGACACCAGAGGAGUCACAGAAAGGAAAAACCAUUCUCGUGCUCUGAAUGUGGGAAAUGUUACACUGUUAAAAUAAAUCUUAUUAGUCAUCAAACGAUUCACAAAAGUGAAACAUCUGUGUAAAUAAACCAG